GAAAGAAUGUCAAAUGUUACUUUGGGUGUGUAAUCUUAAGUUUGGUGUAAACAGUAUAUGAUCUGAGAAGUUUCUAAGUCUGCAUAUAGCAGAAAAUUAUUAGUCAUGAAAGUAUCAAGCAAAACUGCUAGUUUUAACAAUGAAAAACAUGUGCGACCUACAAGACCACUUGAUUACAUCUAUGACCCUCUGUUUACAUUCUCUGGUCCAAAAAGCUACUAUAAGGCUGCCCAUGCAUCUUAUCAGGCUGCAGCAGAGUUUAGUGUACGGCCGAUUUUCGACUCCAUGUUUAGUGACAUGGUUCGCUACCCCAGGGCCACUUUGGUGUUACGCCCCUCUCACCAGACACCUCAGAGCAUUGACCCUUCCUACUUGGGCAAAGUCAGGGCUACAGCACAGGAAAAAACAGUAACAGCAGAGGUUACAGGAUCUGAUCGUUACAAGUACUUCCGCCGACCUUUGACUGAAGGACAGACGGGUGCUCCUGCGUCUCGAUUUCCAUUGCUGGGGGCAGAGAACGUUACAAAUUUGGGCAUCAUGGCUCCACCCACUACUGCACAGAAACUGCGGGACAGGGUGUCUGCGGGUACUAGAGUGCGUGGCGCACAAACAGACUACCGUGAGUCUGAGACACAGACACAACCGUGGGCUCCACCGUACAUCACCCAUGGAAGAACCACCCCCGAGGUACUCCGCCUGGAACAACUCACUUGGGGCAAUGGUCUUCCCCCAGGCCAGCACGAGGUCGAGAUUGUGGAGAGGCUUCGGAUGAAACAGGCCUGGGAAGCUCAGCUCCCACCGCUCGACACUGAAGUCAACAUUAAAAAGCGUUUCAAACUCAUUGCUGAUAUGGAGAAGAGUGACUGGGAAUUUCGGGAAAAGGAAAUAGAAGAGAUUCAUAACGAGAGGAUGAAGAAGUCGGAACAGCUGCUCGAGCAGCACAUGCUGUUGAACAGGACACGCCUCACUUACCGCAUGGCGUUCUUGGAGGACGAUAUCAACAAAAGGAAGGAGAAGAAGCUGGAAUUAAUUCACCGGGAUAAGGAGAGAGCACUGAGGAAGCUAUGUAUGAAAGAGAAGGGAUACAACCCAAAACGUCACAAGAAGAAUAUUGUUGAUGAGCAUUUGCAUCGCACAUCCGAGAUGUAUGCACCAAUGAAAAGAUACGGCGCUAGUUUUAAAAACAAACAUGAGAUUCUGGCUGAAAAAUCUAUUACAAUUGGUGAUGAAGAUAUUUAUGCAUUGGAAGAAGCAGUAACCUUCAGGCCCGCAUUUGAUUACAAUAAAGCCUCUCAACCGAAGAAACAGGGAGAGCUCUGUGUUCGGGAAACCCGAUGGACAAUAGAGAAUCUGGUAAAACUACAUGAAGACCUACAGGCAUUACGAGCAAAACAAGACAAAAAUGUGGAUGCUUUCUAUACACAAGCUCUGGAACAGAUUCAGAAGCCAGUGAAGACUCGCAAUGUGCCCUCGGUGGCUUUAAUGUCAGAUUCCAAGGAGAGGCUGUACCAAGCUGCUAUCACGCUACAGAGAGUGAUCCAUGGCAGGGCCAUGCAAAUGCAGAUUCACCAAGGGCGAGAUAUAUGGAAAGAAAUGAUGGAAGAAAUAAAGAGUACAGACACAGUGUCAGCCAGUCAGCGUGAACAUCUUCUACUCCUUAAGGAACACAUGUACCAGAAUGCUAGAGUGACAAACAUGAUGGAGCACAUAGUGGGCACGAACGUGGGCUCCACUAUCGGAGAUACUCUGAGCCUCCUGGCAACAGAGCUGUUGAGGUUCAAGAACAUAAGUAUUGCCCACGAUCAGGCGCUGCUGGCGGAGUGUGCUCGGUGGAACCGUGAAAUGCUGGAGGCAGGAAGACGGCAGAAGGAGGCUAUCAGACGGAAAGAACACAACUUAAUGUUUGCACAGUUACUUGAAGUAUACCAAGAGUCUAUCAAUGAGCUGUUGGAAGGCCUUGUAAGUAAGGCGCGUGAACACGAAGCCAAAGUCCAAGCGCUCGAGUACGCCAAGGAAAUGGCUUUGUUGGCUGAGUUGGCACGAGCUGCUGAACUUGAGGCAGAGGAGGAACCGGUCUCUGCCGACCUGCUGUUGGAAUUUAUCGCACCAGAGGGACUGCGCGAGCUGACGCGCACGUGCAUGCUAAUACUCAAGCAGAAGUACACUGAGGCCAGACAGGAACUGGUGCGCGGCGGCAGAGCUGAACCCCUGGAUGAAGAUACAGAUGAGCGCUCCCCUGAGACGGAUGAGAUCUCACCACCAGCACAAGAGAGCUCAUACUUAGAGACCCAACCGACAGAACUUACUACUUCAGCUCUGGAUAGAACUUCAUCAACUCACAGCUACCGUACUUCCGACACUAACCACAGUCCACCACCUGAGAGAGAGACAGAAGUGAGAACUUCAGUAGGAACUGCAGAGACAGAAGUGAGAACUUCAGUAGGAACUGCAGAGAUGUCUUAUAAAUCUAGAGCAGACACUUCCAGUGCUGAUGUCACAAUCACAGUGACUGGAGCCGAUACUGAGAUGGGGACAACACUGCCCUACGAGCAAACCCAAUCGGAGAAGACUACUACUGUGUUGGUAGACAGUUCAGACACUGCGAUCCAACCUCCUGCCAGGUUCGGACUGGCCGUACCUGCCGGAGCUCCACCCGAGGAGCGACUGCUGUCCAGGAUCAUGAGAGACAUGUGUUACGUGGCAGGAUACCUACUGCACACAGCUGCCAAGAUCAUCAACAAAGCCCUCCAGUUGUCCAGCAUACCACGAGAGAGCUUUGAGGAAGCAUUAAGAAGAACAAUGCAAGUAAUAAAUGGAGCGAGAGAAGAGAUCGCUCGUCUGAUAUUACCAACACGCAAGCCUCCGCCAUUUAUAUUACCUUCAAACAUUGCCUCUGAAGAAAUUAUUACUGAAGCUACCAAGAUAGUUGAUGACAUCAUUAGUAAAGCAAAAGAAAGAAUACAGGAAGUAAGAGACGCCAGUGAUAGAACAGUGCCAGAUACAACAGUUGAGACAGAAAUAAGAUCUCAGGCCAAACAAUUGAUUGAAGACAUCAUCAAGGACGCUCAGAAAAAAGUUAUCCAGGCUGUAGCAGAAGAUUUUCUCACAGACUUACUAAAAGAUGCACAGACCAAAGUGGACUAUGUCACUGGGGAUUGGUAUUCGACAUAGUGUCAUUCAUUUAUUUGUGAUAAGUUUAUACAAACAUUUUUUAAAUCAAUAAAUGUACCUAUUUUAAAAAUCUUUUAAAAAA